UCUAUGGAUUGCUGUCGAACAAAGAGAACGAACCAAUGAUAAAUAAAUUGAAAAUGGCGUCGUUUAGCCGACCAAAUGAAUCAAAGAAUAUAUUUUUCAAUUAAUUCAAUUUAGCAAUUCAAUAUUUUACAACCAAACGUUGAUAACAAAAGAAUUUGACUGAUUUACGCGUAUUUUGCGGUGUUUAUAUUAGUGAGAAACGUGUAGAGUGCAAGUGAAACCAGAAAUGGUGCUUUAUGUUUUGUCAGUGUGAUAACAUUGGUGUUUACAUGAUUUCGGCGCGGGGCAACUUGGUAAAAUGUUACCGACAGUGGAGGAGACGCGAGGGUACGACUUCCAGGACCCUGAGAAUGUGGAGAAGUGGCGCGGCGUGUUUAUAAAUCCUCUUCGAAAGGUGCUGGACCACGAGCACCCCACCCUGACAGCGGAGGAGAGCGCGCUACAGUAUGUGGAGUCACUCUGUCUACGGCUACUCGCUAUGCUCUGCGCCGUGCCCUCGCCGCUUACAGUGCAGGACGUAGAAGAAAGAGUAGCGCGCACAUUCCCGACACCAUUAGACAAAUGGGCGAUCACAGAGGCCCGCGACCUGGUCACCAUCAAGCGACGGAAGCCGAUGAUCCCCUGCGACAAGCUCCACCAGCUUCUACAAAAGGAGGUGCUUCUAUACAAAAUAGAUGUGUCUGUGUCACAGUUCAUCACGGCUGUACUGGAGUUUAUGACCAGCGAUAUACUGCGGUUGGCUGGGAACUAUGUCAAGAAGAUAUCCCAGAAGUCUGGGUAUGAUACUAUCACGUGCCGGGACAUUAAGACUGCUAUGUGUGCUGAUAAGGUACUAAUGGACAUGUUCUACCAAGAAUCUGAGCUAACGACCUCAGAGAACUCUGGCGGUGGCUCAGAGAGACGAGGCCGUCGCGGCUCCCUCUCGUACGCGGAGCUCGUCAGGGACCUCCUUACUGACGAGAAGCACUUCCUCAGGGACCUCAACCUCAUCAUCAGGGUAUUCAAAGAUGAGCUCGAGAAAAUUUUGGAUAAAGAUAGUCGAGCGAUAUCCUUAAUAUUCGGGAACAUAGUGGACAUAUACGAGCUGACGGUGACUCUGCUGGGCAACCUGGAGGACGCCAUGGAGAUGUCGCAGGACUCGCCCACGCCGUAUAUUGGGAGCUGCUUUGAAGAGCUGGCAGAAGUAGAAGAGUUCCGUGCGUACGUGCGGUACGCUAACAUCGUCACUCGCAAGGAGUCCAGAGACGCGCUGCAAGCUAUUGUGGAUGACCCCGUUCUGUCGGAGCGGCUGGACACGGCGGGGCACGGGUUCCGCCUGGCCGUGAAGUACUACCUGCCCAAGUUGCUGCUGGCGCCGGUGGCGCAUGUCUUCCUCUACCACAACUAUGUCCUGGCGCUGCUGCAGAUCGCCCCCGCUUCCGAAGACAGGGAGAGCUUCAAACAGAUAACUCCUGCGUCUGAAGACAGGGAGAGCUUUAAACAGGUGGAGUGUAAUUUGCAUCCGAUCAAGAAACUAUUGAUCAAGGCGUUGGGGAAUGGACCAAAACUUGACGCGACACUCCGAAUGGCCCACCGAGCUCGCCGUCAGCUCGCCAUAGAGAAGUGUAACGAGCUGGCGCGCAUCGUGGACAACUGGGACGUCAGGGACAUUGGACAGUGCUGUAACGAAUUUAUUAGAGAGGACACGCUGUCCAAGAUAGGUCCAGGCAAGCGUAUAGCGGAGCGGCGCGCGUAUCUCUUCGACGGACUACUACUGCUGUGCAAGCCUAUCACUAGUAUUGUCGUCAACAGCGGCGGCAGUGGCGGCGCGGGCGGCGGCGCGCAGCAACUCAAGCUCAAGGAGAAGCUGCACAUACGGAAACUGGAGCUCGUCGACAGGCCCGACACCGACGAGGCGCGGCACCUGGUGGAGCUGUGCCCGCGCGUGGGCCCGUGCGUGGUGCUGGCGUGCGCGUCGUGCGCGGAGAAGCGACACUGGAUGUGCGACCUCGUCAUGCUCAACACCAAGCCCAUGCUGGACCGCUUCCUCGACAGCAUCCUCCUGGACCUUGAACGCCGGCACCCCCUAAAGCUCCCCCCAGCGUCCCUCUACCGGUUCGCAGUGCCGGACUCCCCCGACAACAUCCUCCUGGAGGACAACUCCGCCGCCCGCCACCAUGGGAACGCUCCAGUACCACUUAUAAAGGUAAUACCCCCGUAG